UAUAUAUAAAAAAUAUUAUUUCACCCUUUAAAACCCGAACGAUCUGACGCAUUCUGCUGGACCUAAAGUCCAAAGAUCUUAUUGGAAAAUUCCGCCAAACAACAUGGAGUCAUGCCCUUCAAUUAAAAACAUCCUCCUUUUGGAUUCUGAAGGGAAACGUGUAGCUGUUAAGUAUUACUCAGAUGACUGGCCUACAAAUACUGCGAAGGAAACAUUUGAGAAAGCUGUAUUUACCAAGACUCAGAAGACAAAUGCACGGACAGAGGCGGAAGUAGCAAUGUUUGAGAACUGUAUCAUUGUUUACAAGUUUGUUCAAGACCUCCACUUUUUUGUUACUGGGGGUGAAGAUGAAAAUGAGCUCAUCCUAGCCACUGUUCUUCAGGGAUUUUUUGAUGCAGUUGGUCUUCUUCUUAGAGGUAAUGCGGACAAGAAGGAGGCACUUGAAAACUUGGAUCUUAUUCUGUUAUGCCUUGAUGAAAUUGUUGAUGGCGGUAUUAUUCUUGAGACAGAUGCAAAUGUUAUAGCGGGUAAGGUUGCAAGUAAUAGUUUGGAUGCUGGAGCUUCCUUAUCUGAACAGACAAUUAGUCAAGCAUUGGCCACCGCACGUGAACAUCUAACAAGAUCUCUACUUAAAUGAUGCAUAUGCUGGAUGAAAGUGAGGAGGGAACAUCUUUUUGUAUUUUACAGUUCCAUUAUACUUGGUGUCAUGGUUUAUAAGCACUGAAUUUUGUUAUACCUUGCAUCCUUAGUUUAGUUCAUUUCAAUGUCAGUGUUGGUAACUUGCUGAAUUUACAUGUUUUCUUGUAAACUUGAUUAAUUUGGACAUCCAAUGUCAAUGAAGGUGGUAUAGAUGAAUUUUUGUUAAA